AUGCCUAUGGUGCGAGUUAGCAUUAAAGAAAAAAUUAGAUUGAUGAAAAUAAUUAACAGUCAGAAACCCAUUCCUUGCACGUUAAGAUCGCGGGAGUUGUGCGAGUACUCAUUUUUGCCUCAAAACACAACUCAUUCGUGGAAAAUGAAAACGACAAACAUAUUAGAAAAACCUCGAUAUGUUACAAUUAGAUUUCAAACAGACAGAAAAAAUAACGAAACUAAACCGAUGCCAUGCUUUGACCACUGCAAAAUUAAAAACCUGAAGGUUUAUUUAAAUUCCGCCGUAUUUCCAUACGAAGACUUUCAAAAUGAUUUCACUAAGAAUAUUAUGGCUACAGGGCUACCCGGCGUAUACAGAGUUCCAGAUAAUAUUGUAUAG